ACAUUGGGUGUGUUCUCAAAGGAUCAGAAUGGAAAGAAAGGACGCGAAAAGAGGCUAAAGAAAGAUUUUAGCGAAUACAUUGAAAACAGAGGACCGUCAUUUCACCCCGAGAAUAUAACUGAGCAUGUCCUGCCUCAACUCCGAUUGCAACAGAGAGACACAGCCGAGGAAAGUCGUAGUCCUCGGCCGGACUUCGAUGCAGGGACACAAAGGUUGAGCUGGAAACAAAGAAUACGUCAUAUUACCUGGGCUUACUUUACAUUGACGAUGGCUACCGGUGUACCGUAUCGAUUCAACGGACUAGAGACCAUUGGUGUGAUAGUUUUCUUGCUUGAUUUAGUUCUUUACUUGGCCAUAUGGGCUUUAUUGAUAAUCCGUUUCUAUACUUACCCUUACACCUUCAAAGCCUCAUUCUUACAUCCGACAGAAUCAUUAUUCGUUCCAGCUUCAGUUGUCUCAGCGGAAACAAUAAUGAUUAACAUAGCUCAGUACGGCUUGGAUCAUACCGGACCCUGGCUAACCGAUACUAUCAGUAUCCUAUUUUGGUUUAUGGCGGCCGUGGCUGUGAUGUUUUCCGCGGGUAUCUACCUUAUACUUUGGUCGACACAGACAUUCACAAUAGCCGAAAUGACACCUAUAUGGAUUUUCCCCGCUUACCCCAUGCUAGUUAUUGGCCCGCUAGCUGGUGCCCUCUGUGGUAAAUUAGGGCCAUCGCGGUCACUGCCAACAAUAUUAGUUGGCUUUGCCAUUCAAGGAGUUGGCUUUCUAGUGUCAUUGACGGUGUAUUCGGCCUUCAUAUACCGAUUGAUGUCGCAAAAGCUCCCCAAAGAAAGGGCUCGACCCGGAAUGUUCGUUUCCGUGGGGCCCAGUGCAUUCACGGUCGCUGGUAUUAUGAACAUGGCCAAUGGGGCCAAGAGGGGUUUUCCAAUACAUUUUUUGGGCAAUGGACGACUGGCCGCGAGCAUAUUCAAAGUCACAGUCGACUUCGCUGCGUUGUGGCUCUGGGGGCUAGCGAUCUUCUUCUUCCUUACGGCAAUCUUGUCUCACUGGACUGUCGUUAGCCGAGGACGAUUGCCAUUCUCAAUGAAUUGGUUCUCUUUCAUCUUUCCGAACACUGCUUUGAUCACUGCAACAUUUGCCGUUGGAAAAGCUUUCUCGUCUGGAGCCAUUAACGUUAUUGGUUGUGUGAUGGUGUUUCCGCUGAUUUUCAUGUAUUUCUUCGUUUGCAUCAUGAUGAUCCGUGCUGUAGUUCUAAAACAUAUACUGUGGCCACAAAAGGGUGAAGAUAAAGAUGAGGAAGGCUUUUCAACUUGUGAUGGCCGACCAGGGGACAGUCCUGUGGGACACCAAUGUGCUUAA